GCAGAUAACCAUAAUAAUAAACAAAGAAGAAAACCAGCGACGCUACCCGGAAGUCUAUUCUAACCGUAUUGAUUUCCCUUUUCAUUUAUAUCACACCUGACAAAACCCUUUUUUUUUUUAAGUUUGUGUUUCAUGAAGGAUGAUGUUUGAGACUAACGGAGGUGUUUACUAACGCUGCGUGUGGCGGUUAGUGGGUGUCCGGAGCGAUGGAGGUAUCCCAGUGUGGUUGACGCUGUCCCCGGACUUGAUGCACCAUGAUCCCCGUGCCUCUGCUGGUGUGUGUGCUGGCUGCCUGGUGUGCUGUCUACCUCGCAGACACACUACUUAUGUCGUCGUCCACACAUCGGAUCAGCUAUGAGUCCUGGCUGGCCAGGCGAGGUCUGAUGCUGUCUCCUUUCCACUUGAGGUGGCAGACGAGCAUGUUCAACUGGCUGUUUGCGUACUGCGCCCGCAUACAGCCGCGUGCCCUCUACAUCUGGUUCAACAGUGGUCUGGUGUUCGGCCUGGUGGCCAUGCUGGCGUCGGUGGUGCUGCUGGUGAAAACGUUGCAGCAGACCCUCGCUCAGAUGACCACCAGCAACCCUCACAUUGGCGCUCAGCAGACACUGCAGGUGGUGGUGCCCGGCGUCAACCUACCGGUCGGUCAUCUAGGCUACUUCUUCCUCGCCCUGCUACUCAGCGGCGUCAUACACGAGCUGGGCCACGCGGUGGCAGCGCUGAGGGAGCAAGUACGAGUGAAUGGCUUCGGCAUGUUUGUGUUCGUGGUCUAUCCCGGCGCCUUCGUGGACCUCUUCACCACACACCUGAACAUCGUGUCGCCCAUACAGCAACUUCGCAUCUUCUGCGCAGGAGUGUGGCACAACUUUGUGUUGUGUUUGGCGGCGUUGGCGUUCCUCUUUUUGUUGCCGCUGUUCCUCUUCCCUUUGUACACGAGCGGCGUGGGGGCGCUGGUCACCGAGGUUGCACCGGGCUCAGCUGCUGACGGACAGCGGGGUCUCUCCGUGGGGGACAUCAUAACGGGCUUGGAGCAAUGUACUGUCAGCGGGGUGGACGACUGGAACAGCUGCCUGUCUCACCUCUCUCACACGCCGCAAACGGGAUACUGCGUCCCCGCCGCCAGCCUGCAGCCCAGCUGGGCCCACGGACGAGCCUUCAAGCGCUUGGAUGGGACGAUGGACUGCUGCAGCAACAACAGCCUGACAGACCUCUGCUUCUCCUACAUCAAACCUUUGAGCCGCGAGAGAGAGUACGCCUGCAUGCCGGUGCGUAAGAUGGUGACGGGCACAAACGUGUGUCGCAGCGACCGCAAUUGCGACACUCUCGUCAGCCUCAGCGUUUGUGUCACGCCCUCCCUGGAGAACCAGACGCGCUUCAUCCGGGUAACGCACUCUCCUGCCCAACACAUGCUGUUUGUGGGGUACCCGCCACAUCUUCAGCACGCCGUGAGUCUCACCAACUUUGUGCCACGCUUUGGUUUCCUCCACUUAGACAUUCCUGUCUUCUUGGAGACAUUCUGCAAAUACGUGUUUUCCCUCUCGGGCGCCUUGGCGGUGGUCAACUCUGUGCCGUGCUUCGCUCUGGACGGUCAGUGGAUGCUCAGCGCCUUGCUGGAGGCCACGCUGGUCACCGUGGUGACAGACCGCCAGAAGCGCGAGCUCAUCGGCUUCUUCCUGCUCCUUGGCGGCAGUGCCCUGCUGGCCGCCAACGUGGCCUUGGGCCUGUGGAUGGUCACGGCGCGGUAGCCAACCAGCCAUGACGGUCAAAAAACCAAAAACUCGGGACGUGAGCCUGAGGACGACUAAACUGUGAAGAGAUGACAUUACCCAGCAGCCCCCAGGUUUGCCUUCUUACUCUAGUGCAACCUCACAGGGCUACAAAGAUCAAGAGAAGCACACAUGCUGUAUGUAAGGAUGUGAACUAUGUCUCAUUUAGGGUAUUUCAUUACCUCUGCCAAGCUUAAUCAUAACCGUCCAAUGAAAAGCAAUUAUCGCCAAUUUUCUUUUUGUGCUAAAAUACAAUACAAGUUUGUUGGAUAAUAUUAUUUUUUACAUUUGUUAAGUUUUCAUGUGGAAAUGUGUUUGAUAUAUAUUGCAUCUAUUUAUUUUUAACAGGAAACCAUGUUUGAUAAAUCUUAAAAAAUAAGGUAAAAAAUUAAUAAACCAGGGCUAAAAAGUAAAAAUUCAAAAUAUUAUACCGCCAUCCCUCACUCACGUCGCACUUCAAAGUUUGUGGCGUCACUCUAAAUUAAGCACUUUCCAGUAUAAAAAGGGCGACAUGAACUAAAAAUGUCAAACCUAUCAGAGUGCACUGUUCAGUUUCAUUGCCACUGAUUGGCUGAGCUUCAGGCAGUAUUACGGUACCACAUUGGAUUAAAGGAGUGUAAAGGUGAUUAUGUGGUUGUUACUUCCUUCUCAUAAUAUGCCAACCCAUUUUUAGAAAGUAGUGAACAGGUUUUAAGAAUUUUUGAGUCAUGCGUAAAACUCCAAAAAAUGUAUUGUUUGUGCUAAAGUUUUUCUGUCAGCAAACCAACUGACAUUUCAAAAUAUAUGAUAUUCAAGACUUGAAAUAUGUCAAGCUUGUUUUUUAUGUUAUCAUUUUGAUGAUAAUAGCUUACAAUUUUUUGAAAACACCAACAUUUUCUGAGAUUUUUAAUUGUAGGUUUUCAUAAGCUGUAAGCCAUAACUAUCAAAAAAUAUUUCAAAAGAAGGUUUGAAAUAUCUGGAUAUGCAUCUUAUGAGCCUGUGUUAUAUAUUAGAUUCACCUUGUAAUUCUAAUUGCUGGAAUGAACGAACCUUUGCACAUUAUCCAGAUUGCUUGUGUUUCACCUUUAUAAUCAAUAAUUCCUACUUUACAGAAAGUCAUUUGUCUGACAGCCAUUUCCGCAGUAGUAAUAUGACCAUAAACUUGUAAAAUCUACAAUUGCCUAUUAAAUAAUAGUGACUAAAGUUUAUUUUAAGAGUGGCCACAUCAGAUGUCCAUUGCAAACAAGAAAGGGUUAGCCUUUAAACUAACUGUCAGUAAACCAUAUAUAAAUGACACUUGGGAUAUGCCUUCUUAGUGGUACAGGUAAGUCACUACAAGGUAGUUUUACCCUCCAUGUAACAAUAUAGUCUAUCACAUUUGAAUCCCUUUGGCCCACACCGGCCUUCAUCCUCUUAAGUGCAGUUCUCACAUGAGUUUUGGGUAUAGAUCUUUAAAUUGGACUAUAUUGACAUAGCUGCAGGGUUCAAAGAAGCAUUCGAGCUAUGGUUGUCACUAUUCAGUGUACUAUUCUAACUCAUGGUAUAAACUUUUAUUUAUUUGCGGUAUUGCAUUAUGGGUUCUAUCUAUCUUUCUACUCCUCUGCAAUCUGGGUAUGACAUUUUAAACGGUCCCUUGAAUCAAAGUAGCCUUGUAUUUAGCUGUCUCUCAGUACUGCCCAAAAUCUUUACCAUUGAAAAUCCAACAUACCGUUUCAACUAAUGGUAUAACUGUCUAGGAAAAUACAUUAAAUUCAUCAAUAUGUGCUUCUUGAGUUUAUUUUGUCGGUCAACGUAAACCAUCAACGUCAGAUGGCGGGGCUAACACAAAUCGAGUCCGAUUCAGAUUCACCUUUAUUGUUAUUGUACUGAGGGUUUACAACGAGAUUAGGGGGGAGGUACUCCCACAGCCGCUGUGCACAAAGACAAGAUAAACACAAACACAAAACAUGAAAACGGCACCAAAAAACAGACAAAUGCUGUAAAAAAUGCUAUGGAUAAAUAAAUACUGGAAGGUAAUGCAAAGAAUAUAUAAUAUAAAUACUGAAGGUGCGAUUGAUGUACAUAAUUAAAAACAGUGAAAUAAAAGGUACAAGAGUUAAUUCAGGAUGAGGUAGUUUGCGUUACAUAAUCCGCCCUCUGACUUUUAAUGUCUGAGUGACAUUAAAUAAUGCAUGAAAUCAUUAUAUUAUGAAUUAAUUAAAAUAUAAAAAAUUAAAUAAUGGAAUAAUUAAAUUAUGAAAUAUUAAAUGAAAUUAUUAGUUAAAUCUUGAAAUAGUUCCAUGUAAUUUAUUCAUGAUUUACUUAAUUGAUGGUGCAUUUAACAUUAGAUAAAUUCAUCCAUCCAUUGAUUUUCUAUGACACGUUUGAAUAACUAUUUAAAGAUAUACUUAUUUAUUGCAUUUUUGCCAAUUUGGUCCUCCAUAAAAAACAUGUUUCCUGGAGCAGUGUAGAGUGAGGCACGAUAUGCCCUAAGGAGACAGAUCUUCUCCUGGUGUGAACACAUGUCAAAUUUACUAAUUUUGUUUGCCUGAGCUUAUAGGACUCGGCACUCUCUAUUGAUAUCAUGGCCAAAAUAUUUUGUUUUAGUAUAGUAAGUCAACAUUUGUCUUGUUGGAUAAAAAACUGGAAAUGUGA